UCGGAGAUCUGAUCAGUCGACUUGAGACUUUCGUGUAGAACACGUUUGAAUGUUUAAACACUACACGUAGUGCAUAGAACGAUGACGGAUGCCAUUAACUGCUUCGGGGUAGUGAUUGUUUUGUGUCUUAUAACUAUCUGCGAGACUUGUGUUACACCGUCUGGGUCUAGUGGAAAAUGCGUGCCCAUACAGCAGUGUUCCAACCUGUUCGCACUGAAACAAUUAACUUCGAACAUUACUGCGAACGUCGCUAAGUAUCUUAAAAGUGCAGAAUGCAUGUCUCCCAAUUCGACGGAAAAAGGAGUUUGUUGUCCACCGGAUCGAGUCUUCCAGCUUCCUGAAAACUGUGGCUUAUCCUCAAAUGAGAGAAUAGCUCAUGGCAACAAGACUGCAGUGUUCGAAUUCCCUUGGAUGGCAUUGCUCAUGUACAGAAAUCUUUAUAGUGACGAAGUAACGGGAAACUGCGGUGGCACUUUAAUCAAUGAAAGAUACGUGCUAACUGCGGCUCAUUGUCUGAAGCCGGAUGAUAAUUACAAACUCGAGCUAGUGCGACUAGGGGAACAUACUACCGAUAUGGAUAAAGAUUGCAACAAUAUUACUGAGGCUGGGGUACUUAUCGAGCAGGACUGUGCUGGUCCAGUAGAGGACAUUCGCUUUGAAUCAUACAUUGCUCAUCCGCAGUACCAGAAUGCAUUUUCUGGCAAUGACAUUGGAUUAAUUCGUCUAGCAGAACCCGUCACGUUUAAACAUCAUAUCAAGCCAAUCUGUCUACCAAUGACUAGCGAUCUGAAGGAUACCCUUUUACCUGAAUACAUUGUUGCCGGAUGGGGUCUAACAGAGGAACUAAGGCGAUCAAAUGUUCUACUGAAAACCCAAAUACUACGAUUAGAGCAAAGUAAAUGUCAGCAACGAAUCACUGAAAUCGAUACCAAGAAGCUUAACAUCACCAUCAGCGAGAAACAAAUUUGUGCGGGCGGACGAAAUUUCGAGGAUAGCUGCCAGGGUGACUCCGGCGGACCUUUGAUGUGGCCAGCGCAAUACUUGAACCGAACCCGAUUCGUGCAGUUUGGAGUGGUUUCAUAUGGUAUCAAUCAUUGCGGAGAAAUCAACUUCCCGGGAGUGUACGCCCGAGUCGGUAGUUAUAUCGGCUGGAUUUUGGCCAAUAUGAAAGCAUAAAACGGUUACCGUUUACAUACAGAAAAUUUGUUUGAUUGAGUUAAAUUGGCGAUUGUUUAUCAUUCCAACAACACUGUUUCACAAACAUAUUUCUAAAUUAUUAUCAAUUUUCGGUUCCAAACUUUCACAACUAGGAGAUUUAUGUUAUUUGAACAUUAAUAUAUGUAUUAAAACAAAAGUUAAAAUGAA